AUGUCUGCUGCUACAAAAGAUGUUAUCUCAAAGGUGCAGCGCAUGAUCCCGCCGAUGCUGGAGAAGUUUCACAAAGGCCAGCUCGGCAGAGUCGCCGUCAUCGGUGGAAGUGAGAAUUACACAGGCGCGCCAUACUUUUCAGCCAUGGCGAGCGCAAGAUUGGGAGCAGAUUUGUCCCAUGUCAUUUGCACGCCCGCCGCCGCAACUGUCAUCAAGUCGUACUCGCCAAACCUCAUGGUGCACCCUCUGAUGCGCCAGAGUGAAAACGCUAAGAAGGAACAUGAGCCUGCAGCCUGGAAUGCGUCCAAAGAACACGAAUCCAGCGCUGAGCACAUCGCUUCUCAAAUUCAGGACCUGCUUCCUCGACUUCACGUCCUCGUUAUUGGACCUGGUCUGGGUCGUGAUCCAUUAAUGCAUGAAACUGUCUCCCUUGUAAUCCGUGCUGCUCGCGACCAUGGAAUUCCUCUAGUAUUGGACGCGGAUGCUCUGGCAAUCAUUCACAAGCAACCGGAGCUCAUCAGCGGUUACAUCGGCGCUGUCCUGACACCCAACGUUGUCGAAUUUGGCAAACUGUGCGAUGCACUCAAGGUCAAGGUCGACGAUGAUGCACCCGAGACUGCUCGUGUUGAGGCUUUGGCCAAGACCCUCAAGGGGGUGACAGUCGUCCAGAAGGGUGCAAAGGACUAUGUUUCCAACGGCGAGACAACAUUAACAGUUGAUCUCGAGGGCGGCAAGAAGAGAAGCGGCGGACAGGGAGAUACCUUGACUGGAUCCAUUGCUACAUUCCUUGGAUGGAGGAACGCCUACAUGGAGCGUCUUUGGGAUGUGGGCAAGGACCCUAUCGACGAGCAUGAGUUGGUCGGCUUGGCAGCUUUCGGUGGCUCUGCUAUCACAAGAGAAUGCUCCCGUUUAGCCUUCUCUAAGAAGGGCCGCAGUCUACAAGCGAGUGACUUGACUGACGAGGUGCACAUUUCAUUCCUUAACAUCUUUGGUGAGGACAAGGAGGUAGAUGAGUCAAAGCUAUAG